CAAGUUCCCAUCCUCUCCUCCUCUGCUGGUUCUUGUAAUCCCCGCAAAGUCACCUGCCACGCCUGCUUCAGCCGCUGACUGCGAUUGGAAGCUGCGGCUGGGCUCGGGCGGCUCCUGCAAGGCACCAUUGCAGUUGAUCCAACCAGCUUCCAGCGGAUCAGGCCGGAACUUGAUCAAGUCAGAGAUUACCUACGCCAACACCAACGCCCACACUCCUACGACCCAGGACUGCCACUAAGUGCUACCGCCUACCAGCACGCACUACCAGCACCAGUUCCCGCCUGCAAACCCUGUCUGACAACCAUUGGCAUCCGAAGCACCCACUGCACCUAACCACCCUCACACUACACCCCUUUCACCCUCCAAGCCUGCCAUCUCUAGUGCACCUUUUCUCGCCGCUCGUCCUUUUUCCUCAUCUCGAUCGUCAUACAUUCAUUAUUUUCUGCUCCACCGUCUCAAUCCUCGACGUGCUCGUUUCUACUCUCAGAGCUCCCAAUCCUCAACGCUGCUACCUUUUUGCACCCGCAACUUCACCUAAAGCAACAUCUCUUUUCAACCUAAUCUUACCACUCUCUCCCUGCGCCCUGCGCCCUCUCGUCUUCCACCCUUCCCCCUUCUCUACACCGCCACGCCAAUUACGCGCUCCUCUUCGACAUCGGCUUCUUUGACUUGAUACAUCAUUUGGCUGGCGACAUUCACGGGCAUUUCGCGUCGUCGUACGCCUGCGUCGUCCCCAGAGUCGCAAAUCUCCAACGUAUCCGUCAAUCUGUUUGAUCCUCUCUUGCCAUGCCUCGUCGACUGUCGACCUCUCUUUUAAGCAGUUCACCGCCGACCCCUUGGCCGUCCUUUACGCCAACAACCGAAAAGGGCGGCACUCUCGUCAGUAAGACCUCGCAGAAAGCAGGCAAGAUUGCCCAAUUCUUCUCCACCUCACCCAAGACCAAAGAUCAAUCGACUGCGGCCGCUGCGCUUCUCGCUGCCAGUAAGGCUCAAGAGCAGGCAUUCCUUGCCUCAGGAUCGCCUCCCAUAAGCACCCCUUCUCUGUCUCUACCUAGCAUUUCUCUCUCAACCGCUCGCGCGGAUUCGGCAAACAUGGACGAGCCUCCCACCACCCUCUUCCAACCCCCCUCAGUUGCCGAGAGCCGAAAAUUGGCCAAGCAACACGCGCAAUUUGGUCCAUUGAACUCCCAAUCCCAUCGCUAUGUGUCACGGCAUCAAGGAGGCGAGUUCCCUGAACCCAUCAUGGACGAGCCCCCCUACUACUAUCUCUUGACAACGUAUAUCUCCUACCUCAUCCUCAUCAUUUUCGGCCACGUCCGAGACUUUUUCGGCAUGAAAUUCAAAGAAGACAAUUACCGACAUCUCAAGGCCCGAAACGGCUACGCUGCCCUCAACAGCGACUUUGAUAAUUUCUAUGUCCGCCGCCUCAAGAUGCGCCUCAACGACUGCUUCAAUAGACCCACAAGUGGCGUCCCUGGCCGCUACAUCACCUUGCUGGACCGUACCUCAGAUGAUGGCAAUUACCACUUUACCUUCACAGGCAAUACCACCGAGACGCUGAACAUGAGUUCCUACAAUUAUCUUGGCUUCGCCCAGUCUGAAGGCCCCUGUGCCGACGCGGCUGAAGAGACGAUCCGGAAGUACGGCCUCUCGAUGAGCAGUUCGCGAAGCGACGUAGGCACGUCUGAAUUGACCGUCGAGUGUGAGUCGCUGAUCGCCCGAUUCGUGGGCAAGGAGUCGGCCAUGGUCUUCUCCAUGGGCUUCGGAACCAACGCCUCCAUCUUCCCUGCUAUUGUUGGCAAAGGUGAUCUGAUCAUCUCGGACGAACUCAACCAUGCCUCGAUUCGAUUUGGCUCCAGACUGUCUGGUGCCAUGAUCAAAGCGUUUAAGCACAACGAUAUGAAAGAUCUCGAGAAGAAACUGCGAGAGGCCAUCUCACAAGGCCAGCCGCGUACCCAUCGGCCAUGGAAAAAGAUAUUGGUCGUGGUUGAGGGUCUGUAUUCGAUGGAAGGGACCAUGUGUCACCUUCCCGGCUUAAUCAGACUCAAGAAGCGGUACAAGUUCAACCUUUUUGUCGACGAGGCCCAUUCCAUUGGAGCUCUUGGGCCCCACGGCAAGGGUGUCUGUGACUACUUUGGAAUUGACCCUGCCGAGGUCGAUAUCCUCAUGGGCACGCUAACCAAGUCGUUUGGUGCCAAUGGCGGAUAUAUCGCCGCAGACCGCGCCAUGAUCGACAAACUACGAGUCAUCAAUGCUGGCGCCAUCUACGCAGAGACUCCUGCUCCCGCUGUGGUGACCCAAAUCAUGGCCUCAUUGAGAUUGAUCAACGGCGAUCUCCAACCUGGUCAAGGCGAAGAGCGUCUGCAGAGGAUUGCCUUCAACUCGCGGUACCUUCGCCUAGGCUUGAAACGCCUUGGGUUCAUCAUUUAUGGUCACGACGAUUCGCCCAUCAUUCCAUUGCUCCUCUACCACCCCGCCAAGAUGCCAGCCUUCUCACAUGAGAUGCUGAAGCGAAAGAUCUCGGUGGUGGUGGUGGGCUACCCUGCUACGCCUCUGAUUUCGUCUCGAGCGCGGUUCUGUGUCUCUGCGGCGCACAACAAGGAAGACAUGGAUCGUCUGUUGUCUGCUUGCGAUGAGAUUGGUAACAUUCUUCAACUCAAGUUUGCCAGUGGCAGUGCUGGUGGAGCUCCGCCGCUGCCUGAAGGCAUCACCCCCGAAAUGGAACAAAGCAGAAAGCGACUAGAGAAGCAUGACAAAGUGGCCAAAUCCCUGGUUGUGGCCCCACGUUGGAGUUUAGAUGAAGUAUUGAAACGAGGCGUUCAAGACGUCAAACAGCCUCUACGUUGAUCUGGCACAUGACAGCCAAGUGGUAAUAUGACCCCACAGGCGGCUUGCGCGAAGCCGAGCGCGUGGCAUGGGAGAUGCGGCUCGGCAAGCACUGGCGUUUGGAAUCACAUUGUACAUGGAAAUCAGAGUGCGUCGAAUAUGGACAGCAUCGAAUGAAUAUAGGACGGAACGGCCGGCAUACCAGGCUGGUCACUUGCAAAGAGGCGUUGGGGUCAGAAUCGACGAUACAGUCAUCCCACGGCUUGGGGAUGAACAUUGCCACACCCACUAAUACAUGCUGCUAUCUAAUAAUCAAACAUUCUUACCAUCAUGAUCAAUUCUCCGCCUGCGCCGGCUCUUUUCUUUUAUUUCGCUCACUCGCAUGUGACAAUGUUCCCACAGUCGAGAAGACAGGGUCCGGGGAGUGACAGAUCGACUGAAUCUUGGGUCACGAUGAGAACGGUGUUGGCUGCAGUGCUGACCCGUU